AUGGGCGAGCGGAUCUUCACCUCGUCUGAGGCUUGUUCUCAGGAAAAGACGGAGCCCUUUUCCCAGACCGAGAUUAACGCUCGGUUGAAGAGAAAGAACCUAGACUUCGACGACUGGUUCGAUGAUCUAGAUGCCUCUCAUAUCCACCUCGACCUCCUCAAGGUCGAGGAUCAUCACCACGACGCUGGCGUCCGUCUCCUCGUUCGCCCCCUCACCCGCAUCCCUUCUGUCAGCCCUAGCAGCGAAAACUGCCAGUGGCAGCAGUUCCUGGUCGACGUUGAGUCCCAGGACCAGCAGCACCACAGCGCCUUUGCUGUGACUCAGACCGCCAAGGAUGUCAAGUUCAUUAUUCUCCUCAACCGUUCGGAUGUGCCUAUCAGCCUCACCCGCGAAUCUGACCAUCCCGUCAGCGAUGCCUUUUGCAUAAACGACCUCGAAGUUUUGGAUUUCAGGAUACUCAAGAAACGGCCCGCCCUGCUGUAUCUGCCUGGAAAGCCUAAAUCGCUUGAUGCGCCCAAAGAGUCCCAGCCGUUGCUAAACUCGUCGGGCAAACGUGCCUCGACGGAUAACCUGGAAGACCUGUCCCGUUACGAGAAGAAAGCUCGUACGGGAGAGGCUCCCGACCGCCCCAAGGAGGGUGUCUUGGUUUGCGUUCCAGUUCCGUCAAGGUCGAAAGAGCUUGUUCGGAGCAACGGCCAAGCUUUGGUUGGGGUUGAAAAGGGAGAAACCAUUCAGAUUCAGGGGACGAGCGACUUGGGUUCGUAUCAAGUAACAAAGUUGGACCAGAUCGCCUCUGCCGUCGCAUCCACCGUGUACACUGCCAACUGCUCUCAUAUCCCGAAACAGGUAGUUACCGUCAAGGUGCUAAAGACUCGCCCAGUAGGUGGCAACGUGAAGCCCCACGACGCCGAGCGGAGCGUGAUUCACCAGGCAGACAUGUGGUUGCGUGAGUACCAAAGCCAGGAUGCUCUGCAGCACAAGUCUAUCGUCAAGCUCUAUGGCGAUCUAUCCGCCAGGAAUGUCUGGCGCAAUCAGGCUAACGACUACUUCACGGGUACGAAGGCUGAUGCGCACAGGAUACUGCGCGACAUCGCUAAUGCCCUACACUACAUCCAUGGGCGGAAUCUGCUCCACAAUGACAUUAAGCCAUCCAAUAUUCUCUACUCUACCGAAGAGGGGGCCACACUUUGCGACUUUGGCCUAGCAACGUACACGAGAGAGGCCCCUGCCCUGGGUGGCACUCCGUAUUACGUUCCUCCAGAGUUCAUUGGACGCAAGAUUCGUGGUGCUCCGUCCGACAUCUGGGCACUAGGCGUUACUAUGCUUUACGUCCUUCGUAAGAUCGCGCUUCCCGAGUCCCGCGGCGGCCGGGCGCACCCGAAGCGCCUAUGGUGGCUGAUUGCCGAUCUCAAUCGCGCUGGAGGCAAUCGCAUGCAGCAGUCCAUCACUGCAGUAUCACAGAUGCAAACGUGGCUAGGCGAGAUUGCCGAAGCACGAAGCCGACUGAACCCUCGCGACAGGAUAGAGAAGCUUGUGGGGAAAUUAACUAAGCCGCAGCAAGAUCUUGAGUAG